UGUUGACUGCGCUCCAUUUCGCUCGCGACCUUUGAAUAUCCUAAUUAAUUCCCUUGCAAUGGGAAGAGGCGGCAAGCGAGGCGGGCAUGGAGGCCGUGGCCGUGGUGGUGGACAGAAUCGUCCCAAGCCAGAUAAUCGCACCAACAAGGCCGACAUCAGCCGCAACAAUGAGAAAUUCGAGCAAUAUUACAACGAGCUGGGUAUAGUACCAGAAGAGUCCAGGUCCGAGUUCUGGGAUGCCAUGCGACGGGAUCUCCCCAACAGUUUCCGCUUCACUGGGUCAAAAGCACAUGCUCUCGCUGUUCAAGAGCGUCUGCGCACGUUCUAUAUUCCUGAAAUCACCGCCAUCACCUACGAAGGCAAAUACGUCGAUGCGCCCCGUCCUGUCGAGUGGUACCCUGACCAGUUGGCUUGGUUCAUGACCACUCCCAAAAAUGUCAUUCGAAGAUUCAAGCCAUUUGCCUCUUUCCAAAAGUUCCUUGUCGCUGAGACUGAUGUCGGAAACAUCACACGACAAGAGGUUGUGAGCAUGAUCCCACCUCUUCUCAUGGACCUUCAACCGCACAUGACUGUCUUGGAUCUCUGUGCCGCACCAGGAAGCAAAUCUGCCCAAUUACUCGAGAUGAUCCAUGCCGGUGAAGAAGAAAGAUCAAGACAGGUCGCUGACAACACAGUCGACGAACAACAAUUUACGGACGACGGUCGUUCCAGUGGACUUUUAAUCGCCAAUGAUGUCGACUACAAGCGGGCGCAUAUGCUGGUCCAUCAGAUGAAACGAUUGAGCUCGCCCAACAUCAUCGUGACCAACCAUGACGCUACUGUAUUUCCCUCGAUCAAGAUUUCUUCUCUCCCCGGAUCAGACGGCAAGUCAAGUCCCAACCGCUAUCUGAAGUUCGAUCGUAUAUUAGCGGAUGUCCCUUGUUCAGGAGAUGGGACCGUGAGAAAGAACAUGGAAAUCUGGAAGAACUGGAGUCCAGGCAAUGGCCUUGGACUACAUGCUAUCCAGGUUAGAAUCCUGGUCCGUGCUCUACAAAUGCUCAAAGUCGGCGGACGUGUCGUCUAUUCAACUUGCAGCAUGAACCCUGUCGAAGAUGAAGCCGUCCUAGCCGAGGCAAUUUCUCGGUGUGGCGGCCCUGGCCUAGUCGAGCUUCAGGAAACAAAAGACCUCCUCCCCGGCCUCAAACGUCACUCUGGCCUCAAGACAUGGAACGUGAUGGACAAGACUGGUAGGAUCUGGAACGACUACGAGUCGGUUGUCAAGAGCAGACAAGAGACUGGAGACGACGCUUUAUCGCGUUUGCAGGAGAGCAUGUUCCCUCCAAAGAGCGACCUCCCUCUUGACCGAGCCAUCCGUGUGUAUCCUCAUCUGCAGGACACGGGUGCUUUCUUCAUUGCUAUUCUCGAGAAGAAGUCAGAAAUCCGCGCGAAACCAGAAGAGAAGUCCGGCGCAAGCCAGCAGGCUGCCAAGCCAGUGGCUGCAAAGACCAAUGGCGUAGGCCAGACUUCCGAGGCAACCUCAAACGGCGAGGUGGAUGCGUUUUAUAAUACCAUGUUAGGAUCUGAAAGCCCCAGCAAGAGGAAGAGAGAAGAGGACACGGAUGACAACGAGUCUACCAAGAGAAUCAAAGGUGACGAGCUAUCUAAUGAGGAAGUCAAGGAAGUGCCAGCCUCAUCAUUGCUGGAAUCAGUUUCCAAAGCCGACUCUUCGACACCGAUGACACCCCAAGCCCAGCCUCCACGAAGAAGAAAUCGCGACCAACCUUUUGAAGAGCCAUUUAAAUACCUGUCUCCGACCAUUCCAGAGCUCGAUUGGAUCUGGUCAUUUUAUAAUCUCUCCUCGAGGUUCCCCCGGGAUCGAUUUAUGGUCCGCAACCCUGAAGGAACAGCCAGCAAGAACAUUUACUACACUAACGCUCUGGCCAAAGAAAUCCUCCAGGAAAAUGAAGGCAAGGGGUUGAAGUUUGUGCAUGCCGGAGUCAAGAUGUUCGUUAAACAAGAUGCACCUUCUCCAGAGGUCUGUCCUUGGCGGAUUCAGACCGAUGGCUUGAGACUACUAGAGACCUGGGUGGGUCCAGAGCGUAUUGUCACACUACAAAAGAAGGAGACACUGCGCAAACUGCUCAUUGAGAUGUUUCCUCGAUUUGCAGGCGACGAGUACAAGAAUCUCGGCGAGGUUGGCGAGCAGGUCCUCUCCAAGCCAAUGGGCUGCUGCGUCUUGAUCGUGGAGCCCACUGGCGAAGAAGAUGGUUUGAGUGAAAGAAUGGUCUUCCCUCUUUGGAAGUCGAUCACGAGUCUGAAUCUCAUGCUGCCCAAAGAAGAUAGAAGAGCAAUGCUGCUCCGAUUGUUCAAUGAUGACACCCCUCUGGUCAAUCUGAGCAAAGGAUGGGUAGGCCAAAAGGGGACCCAGGGCGGAGAUGUCAAGCCUCUAGACCCCGACCCAGAGGUUGAGGUCGAACAAGCUGAAGAAGGCAAAAGCGAGGUCCAGAAGGAUGCAUCUGCGCCAGUGCGGCGCAACAGCAGCUCAGUAGAGCCAGACGUGGCGGUGGAACUACACCUCAACACUACUGCCGACAAAGAGAAGUCGGAGGAUGAGGCGGAUGGCGGCGUCGAGAUCUCGUGAGAUAAGUGUACUAUCUAGACUAGAGCUGUUGGAAAUCUGGAUUCUCGGUCAUCUCGAAACAUUGUUUGCGAAUAACAGUUGUUUUUCUGGUGCGG